AUGUCAAAACGUCAAUGGGGCGCAUUGCUAAGCACAACGGAAAAUAAUCAAAAAGAGAUAGUAAAUGUCAUCUUCGUCUUGAGUAAGAGCCAUGUGAGGAAAGAUGCAAUGGAGUGGAUAAGUGAGAAAACCACCUCUUGUUGUUUGCAUGAAAAGGAGGAUGAGAAAACCACCUCUUGUGGUUUUCAAAGAAAGGAAGUUGAAGAGACCACCUCUAGUGGUCUAGUGAACCAAGCCAUAGAGACCACUUCUUGUGGUCUUGAAAGCAACAAGGGGAGUGAGGUCACCUCUUGUGAUCUCAAGGCUCAAAAGAAGGACAAGGUGCUUCCAAAGCACUGCCCAAAUACACCUCCCACAACAAAGAUGAACACAUGGGUAAGAAAAGGUACAUUUAAUGAUUUCCUUCAAAAGUUUCAUUGCGAUGCUCAAUUGAGAAAAAUGUUGGAAAAUGAUGAUGAAGAAAUUGAUGAGUUUGAUUGUGUGGGCAAAGAGAUCUCGACUCUAAUUAGCACAGGGUGCCCUAUCAAAAAGGGUGACCCCGGUGUGUUUGUGAUUCCAUGCUUUAUCAAAGACAUGGAAUUUGACAACGCACUUGCCGAUCUCGGAGUCUCCAUUAAUUUGAUGCCUACUAGUGUGUUUAACCGGUUGAAUUUGCCAUACUUGAGCCCUACCCGACUCACCAUCUAUUUAGCUGAUGGGACCAUCCUGUACCUAAAAAGCAUAGCGGAAGAUGUGUUGGUGAAGGUUGGAGAUUUUGUUGUACCAGUAGACUUUGUUAUAUGUGAGAUGCAUAUUGGCCUGUUGAUUCUAGGGAGGCCUUUCUUGGAUACUUGUCGUGCCAUUAUUGAUGUUGGCAUGGGUGAGAUAACCCUUAGAUUUGAUGGGAAAAAGGCUAAAGUCGAAAUGGCCACUUGUGUUAAAAAUGGUGUUUGUGCUUCUAAAGGAUGA